GACUUUUCGAACGCAACCCAGCUCUCAUGUCUUUAUCUUCCAGCAGUGAGAGAGGUGCAUUCUGGGUAUUGUAGUUUGUUGUAGGUGAGACAGGACACGUCUGUUCAGGUGUGUCAUGUCUGUCUCCACCGGAAGGAGUCCAGGUCCCUGGUGGACCCUGGUGGACCCUGGUGGACCUGGACUUCCCGUGGUCCUGUCUGGUUUCCGUGAUGUCAUCAGCGUGGCGGUGACCUCGUUGACUCGUUGAUGUACAGAGCAACCCGAUACGGGUCACCCGACACCUCCUCGGCUCAGCUCAGCCCGGCCGUGUCCUCGCAGUCUGCUCGCCGCCCUGCGACAUGGCGGAUGCCGGGGCCUGGAGGACGCACCAGGACGGCCCCUGGAUCCUCCAACCUGGACCUGGACCUGGACCUGGACCUGGACCUGGAACUGGACCUGGACCUGGACCUGGACCUGGACCUGGACCUGGACCUGGACCUGGACCUGGACCUGGAACUGGAACUGGACCAAACCGUGUUUGGAUCUCUCUGAUCGCAGGUGAGACUGUGACGCCAUUACUGGGACAGAAACAGAAUCCAGCAGCUGCAGAGCUGCAGAGCUCAGGUCUGAAAGGG